AUGUCCAAACCCCUCUGGAUUACUUGCACUAGCUCCCCAAUCCCCCCCUCUGUUGUGUUUCAGUUGACUUUAUACGCUGGUUCUAUAACGUCUCUUGACGAGCUAAAUCUACCAUCCCAUAUGUCUAUUGCUCCCUCCAAUUGUCACUCUCAGAAGCCUCGCACAAACUUGUCUGACUUCCAUGUACCACCGCCGUAUGGUUACAAGUACAAGCCAAAUAGGCGAAUCGACCUCGUCAUGUUCGGUUUUCCCAUUUCGCAUGAUUACCUCCUGGAGUAUGCUCAAAGAAACAAAAUAUGCCCAAAUCAUCCCGAACUCAGCGACCGCCAGCUCGAAAUGACUGCUCUCCAUUGCAUUGUCGCUUAUGCCGCUAAACGAUUCGACGCCGAAUGGAGCCCGAUUGAUAUCCCCAAGGGCCUCAAAUACUCAACCAAGGUCAAUGAAUAUGCGAUAGUCAUUGCCUCAAACAGGACGCAGGCUCAUCUCGACAGAAUGAAGAGCUACCCUCACUUCCGUCAGCUGGCUACGUUUCUGGGCCUUCCUCCCUCCGCUGCGACCUGGGUUUUCCCAAUGUACUCGUCGGAACGGACUGCAUCUGACCUCAGGAAUGAGAAGAACAAGGUCGUCUGA